AUGUCCAUCUUUACAUUCCAUUGCCGCCUUCUGCGUUGUGUUUCCAGGUGCAUUACAGCCACCACCAUCAUCUAUCCAACAACCACAAAACAUGACGACUACACAAAACUCGAGAACCAACCUCAGACAGAACAUACCAACACGAAAAGGACAAUCAUCCUCGAUCUUGACGAAACCUUGGUUCACUCCACGACCCAAAUGCCUGGAGUCAGAUACGAUUUCAUGGUGCUGGUGAAAAUGGAAAGAAAGAUUAUGCCAAUCUUUGUGGUGAAACGACCAGGGUUGACUGAGUUCUUGGAGAGACUUGGCGAAAGCUUCGAAGUGGUGGUUUUCACAGCUGGUCUGGAAGACUAUGCUUCACAGGUUUUGGACAAGAUAGACAGGAAGGGUGUGAUCACGCAGCGGCUGUAUCGGGACUCGUGCAGGGAAGUGAAUGGAAGAUAUAUGAAGGACUUAUCUAUGGUAGUGGGGGAAGAUCUUGGAAGUGUUUUGAUAGUUGAUGACAAUCCGUCUUCUUACUCGUUACAGCCGGAGAAUGGAGUGCCUAUAAAGGCUUUUGUGGAUGACCUGAAAGAUCAAGAACUCAUGAAGCUCGUGGAGUUUCUUGAAAUAUGUUAUGCGUAUGAGGAUAUGAGGGAUGCAGUUCAGGAUUUUCUGGCUAACUAG